GGCAUACACAAAAGUAGAUUUUUAAUGAAGUCACACAUUCCCAUUCUCCCACUUUAAUAUUUAUCAGCAGAUGGCCCCCUCCCCACUCGCCUUGUCCUUACUCCCACUCUAGUCCUGCCUACCUUUUAUUUUAUUUUUCAGACAGGGCCCAACUCUUGGCUCUAGGGUGAAAGUGGCUUUUAUUUCCUCUCUUGUGGAAGGAGGGGGAGGAGAGGUUUCCCAGGCACAUCAACCUAAAGAAGGGUUGGCUGUGCCUGUAGAGCAUAGGGAUAGAAGAGUGGAUCAUUGGAUUAUUCAGAAGGAAGGGCUUGUUCUUGUCCACUUCCUGGCACUCUGCUGCAGGGUAUGCCGGCAGGUAUCAUUCCCCUUGAGGCAGCAGCUCCCCCAUCAGUGGAGGCACUAGGAGAUAUAUGCUGGUUUUCACAAAGAGGAGGAAGCAGGUGCCCUGAGUAAGGGAGAGAAAGCUGGGGUGGCCAACUCCACACCCCACGCCUGCCCAGUGUAAUAACUUUCAUAAAGCCUGGCUGGUGUAAUUCUUCCCGGGAAGUCCCAGAGGGUCCCGUAGGCAAUGUGAGAUCUGAUGGCUGAUCCUUUAAAUGCCCAUCUCAGAUUGUGAUUCUUCACCGCUCACCCACUUAUCUUCUGAACUAUUGCACAAGUGGCUCUGGCUGGCUUCCUUUGGGGGCUCAUCACUGGCAGGGCUGGUGACCCCAGAAAUGGUGUGCAGGUCCCUCGGGGGGGGUUUUGGUCAUGGGUUGGUGCGUUCCUUCCUUGGGGAUGUUUUGGUCAUGGUUGAGUUCCGACACUCCAUCAGGAAUUUCUGGUUGUAGAUGUUCCUGGUACCUCCCAGGGUGAUGCUGAAGAGUGUGCUGCUGGGAGGUCGUGCUGUAGCUGCAUGCCUUUGCCCAGCACCACCCACAUUUAAGUAAAAAGUAAGUGGCAGAACAGUACCCAUAGUAUGAUUCUGUUUAUUAAAAGAAAGAAAACCUUUAGAACUAAGACAAAAAAAAGCAAAAUUAGAACAAAGUAUUCUUGCACCUUUGCCCUUCAAGGUUGCUUCUAGUGUGAAUUAUAUUGCACCCUGCAGCCUGAGAAUCUUGUUUGGAUUUCCCAGAGCUUCUUGCCACUAGUGUAGAGGUUUUUCUAAGUGGAUUCUUGGCUUUUUAUAAAGCAGUUAAGCCAACUGAUGUAUGAUCAAUUCAUAGAAUAAAUUACAUUGUUUGACAAAUAAUCUAUCAUUUUUAGUUUGUUUUUCAUCAAAAUUUUGGAGUAAAAUCUAAGUAUAUGACCAUGGGCAAAUAAUUUUAAAACUCUUCUUUGUGAGAGACCUAAUCAGUGACUCUACUACUUUUUGCUCUACAGAAGAGACGCUCAAACCGCCAAGUUAAACGAAAAAAAUAUACAGAGGACCUGGAUAUAAAGAUCACAGAUGAUGAAGAAGAAGAAGAGGUGGAUGUAACUGGUCCAAUAAAACCUGAGCCUAUUCUCCCUGAACCAGUGCAAGAACCAGAUGGCGAGACUUUGCCUUCCAUGCAGUUCUUUGUGGAGAAUCCCAGUGAAGAAGAUGCAGCCAUUGUAGACAAAGUGCUUUCUAUGCGGGUUGUGAAGAAGGAGCUUCCUUCUGGACAAUAUACUGAAGCAGAAGAAUUCUUUGUCAAGUACAAGAACUAUUCGUAUCUGCACUGUGAAUGGGCUACUAUCUCCCAACUAGAGAAGGAUAAGAGGAUCCAUCAAAAAUUAAAGCGCUUCAAAACCAAAAUGGCUCAGAUGAGACACUUCUUCCAUGAGGAUGAAGAGCCCUUUAAUCCAGACUACGUAGAGGUGGAUAGGAUAUUGGAUGAGUCUCACAGUAUUGACAAGGACAAUGGCGAGCCUGUUAUUUACUACCUGGUGAAAUGGUGCUCUCUGCCCUAUGAAGAUAGCACAUGGGAGCUAAAAGAGGAUGUUGAUGAGGGCAAGAUUCGAGAAUUUAAACGGAUUCAGUCAAGGCACCCAGAACUCAAAAGGGUGAAUCGUCCGCAGGCGAGUGCCUGGAAGAAAUUGGAGCUAUCGCAUGAAUAUAAAAACAGAAACCAGUUACGGGAAUAUCAGUUGGAGGGGGUCAAUUGGCUGCUCUUUAAUUGGUAUAACAGGCAGAACUGCAUCCUGGCUGAUGAGAUGGGAUUGGGCAAAACUAUUCAGUCCAUUGCCUUCUUGCAGGAAGUAUAUAAUGUGGGCAUCCAUGGCCCCUUCUUGGUCAUUGCCCCGUUGUCCACAAUUACUAACUGGGAGCGAGAAUUUAAUACAUGGACAGAAAUGAACACUAUUGUGUACCAUGGCAGCCUGGCCAGCAGGCAGAUGAUUCAGCAAUAUGAAAUGUACUGCAAAGAUUCACGGGGACGCCUCAUCCCAGGUGCAUACAAGUUUGACGCCCUGAUCACCACUUUUGAGAUGAUUUUGUCAGACUGUCCUGAGCUUCGUGAAAUUGAAUGGCGUUGUGUCAUCAUUGAUGAGGCCCAUCGACUGAAAAAUCGUAAUUGCAAGCUGCUUGAUAGUCUUAAGCACAUGGACCUGGAACACAAAGUGCUACUCACAGGAACACCAUUGCAAAAUACCGUAGAAGAACUGUUUAGCUUGCUUCAUUUCUUAGAACCGUCACAAUUUCCCUCAGAAUCAGAGUUUCUCAAGGACUUUGGGGAUCUAAAGACAGAGGAACAGGUUCAAAAGCUACAGGCCAUUCUUAAGCCAAUGAUGCUGAGAAGACUCAAAGAGGAUGUUGAAAAAAACUUGGCACCCAAACAGGAAACUAUUAUUGAAGUAGAGCUGACUAACAUCCAGAAGAAAUAUUAUCGGGCUAUUUUGGAGAAGAAUUUCUCCUUCCUUUCCAAAGGAGCAGGUCAUACCAACAUGCCUAAUCUGCUUAACACAAUGAUGGAGUUGCGCAAGUGCUGCAACCACCCAUAUCUCAUCAAUGGUGCAGAAGAAAAAAUCCUAACAGAAUUCCGUGAAGCUUGCCAUAUUAUACCUCAUGACUUCCAUCUGCAGGCCAUGGUUCGUUCAGCUGGCAAACUGGUUCUUAUUGACAAAUUACUUCCAAAGCUUAAAGCUGGUGGCCAUAAAGUUCUGAUCUUCUCUCAGAUGGUACGCUGCCUAGACAUCCUAGAGGAUUAUUUAAUCCAGAGGAGGUACUUAUAUGAACGUAUUGAUGGGCGAGUUAGAGGGAACCUUCGACAGGCUGCCAUUGACCGCUUCAGCAAACCUGACUCAGACCGCUUUGUCUUCUUACUAUGUACCCGGGCUGGUGGACUUGGUAUUAAUCUUACAGCUGCUGAUACCUGCAUUAUCUUUGAUUCAGACUGGAAUCCACAAAAUGACCUGCAGGCCCAGGCACGAUGUCAUCGAAUUGGGCAGAGCAAAGCUGUGAAGGUGUACCGCCUCAUCACUCGUAAUUCCUAUGAGAGAGAGAUGUUUGAUAAGGCCAGCCUCAAGUUAGGAUUGGAUAAGGCUGUGCUUCAGUCCAUGAGUGGUCGGGAUGGCAACAUUACUGGAAUCCAACAGUUCUCUAAGAAGGAGAUUGAAGAUCUUUUAAGAAAAGGAGCAUAUGCAGCCAUCAUGGAGGAAGAUGAUGAAGGUUCCAAGUUUUGUGAAGAGGACAUCGACCAGAUCUUGUUAAGACGAACUACAACCAUCACCAUUGAAUCUGAAGGAAAAGGUUCUACCUUUGCCAAGGCAAGCUUUGUUGCCUCUGAAAACAGAACAGAUAUUUCUUUGGAUGACCCCAACUUUUGGCAAAAGUGGGCCAAAAAGGCUGACCUAGACAUGGAUCUGCUCAAUAGUAAGAAUAAUUUGGUAAUUGACACACCUAGAGUACGAAAACAGACACGCCACUUCAGCACUCUGAAAGAUGAUGAUCUGGUGGAAUUCUCUGACUUGGAAAGUGAGGAUGACGAGCGGCCACGCUCCCGCAGACAUGACCGUCAUCAUGCCUAUGGGCGCACUGACUGCUUUCGGGUGGAAAAGCAUCUCCUGGUAUAUGGUUGGGGACGAUGGCGAGAUAUUUUAUCUCAUGGACGCUUCAAACGACGUAUGACUGAACGAGAUGUGGAGACAAUUUGCCGGGCCAUUCUGGUGUACUGUCUUCUACAUUACCGUGGGGAUGAAAAUAUUAAAGGCUUUAUCUGGGACUUGAUUAGCCCAGCUGAAAAUGGCAAGACAAAAGAAUUGCAGAAUCAUUCAGUCUUUGAUGUCGCCCCUUUCCCAGGUCUAUCUAUCCCUGUGCCUCGUGGACGCAAGGGAAAAAAAGUCAAGUCACAAAGUACUUUUGAUAUCCAUAAGGCAGAUUGGAUCCGGAAGUAUAAUCCUGACACUCUGUUCCAAGAUGAAAGUUAUAAGAAGCACUUGAAACAUCAGUGUAACAAGGUACUGUUGCGGGUACGAAUGCUAUACUACCUGAGGCAGGAGGUUAUUGGAGACCAAGCAGAGAAGGUGUUAGGGGGUGCCAUUGCCAGUGAGAUUGACAUAUGGUUCCCAGUAGUGGAUCAGCUGGAGGUUCCAACAACAUGGUGGGACAGUGAGGCUGACAAGUCGCUGCUCAUUGGAGUCUUUAAACAUGGCUAUGAGAAAUAUAAUACUAUGAGGGCAGACCCAGCCUUAUGUUUCCUGGAAAAGGCUGGCCGACCAGAUGACAAAGCAAUCGCAGCAGAACACCGAGUGUUGGAUAACUUCUCUGACAUAGUAGAAGGGGUUGACUUUGAUAAAGAUUGUGAAGAUCCUGAAUAUAAACCACUCCAGGGUCCCCCAAAGGACCAAGAUGAUGAGGGUGAUCCCUUGAUGAUGAUGGAUGAGGAGAUCUCAGUGAUUGAUGGAGAUGAAGCCCAAGUGACCCAACAGCCAGGGCAUUUAUUCUGGCCUCCAGGCUCUGCCCUAACAGCUAGGCUUCGGCGUCUAGUAACAGCAUAUCAGCGCAGCUACAAGAGAGAACAGAUGAAGAUAGAGGCUGCAGAACGUGGGGACCGGCGAAGGCGGCGUUGUGAAGCAGCCUUCAAGCUGAAAGAAAUUGCACGGCGGGAGAAACAACAACGAUGGACAAGGCGUGAACAAACUGAUUUUUAUCGAGUGGUAUCUACUUUUGGUGUAGAAUAUGACCCUGACACCAUGCAGUUCCAUUGGGAUCGCUUCCGCACUUUUGCUCGACUAGACAAAAAAACAGAUGAAAGCCUUACCAAGUACUUCCAUGGCUUUGUGGCCAUGUGCCGCCAAGUAUGCCGCCUUCCUCCAGCAGCUGGAGAUGAACCCCCAGACCCUAAUCUGUUCAUUGAGCCUAUCACUGAGGAGAGAGCCUCACGGACUCUCUACCGAAUCGAAUUGCUUCGGCGCUUAAGGGAACAAGUUUUAUGCCACCCCCUUUUGGAAGAUCGGCUGGCAUUGUGUCAGCCUCCAGGUCCUGAAUUGCCCAAAUGGUGGGAGCCUGUUCGGCAUGAUGGGGAGCUUCUACGAGGGGCAGCCCGCCAUGGGGUGAGCCAAACAGACUGCAACAUCAUGCAGGACCCAGACUUCUCUUUUCUGGCUGCCCGUAUGAAUUAUAUGCAGAACCAUCAAGCAGGAGCACCAGCUCCAUCCUUGUCACGCUGCUCUACUCCACUGCUCCACCAGCAGUAUACCUCACGCACUGCCUCACCAUUGCCCCUGCGCCCAGAUGCUCCUGUUGAAAAGUCACCCGAGGAGACAGCUGCCCAGGUCCCCAGUCUGGAGAGUCUGACUUUAAAGCUAGAGCAUGAGGUGGUGGCCAGGAGCCGACCAACCCCACAAGACUAUGAGAUGCGAGUAGCCCCCUCUGAUACUACCCCUCUGGUUUCCCGGAGUGUUCCACCAGUCAAACUGGAGGAUGAGGAUGAUUCAGACUCUGAGCUGGACUUGAGCAAGCUGUCACCAUCAUCCUCUUCUUCCUCAUCCUCAUCCAGCUCCAGCUCCAGCACUGAUGAGAGUGAGGACGAGAAGGAAGAGAAGCUAACAGCUGACCAGUCCCACUCAAAACUCUAUGAUGAAGAGAGUCUCCUGUCCCUCACUAUGUCCCAAGAUGGAUUCCCAAAUGAAGACGGAGAACAAAUGACCCCUGAGCUUCUGCUACUGCAGGAAAGACAAAGAGCCUCUGAGUGGCCAAAGGAUCGUGUCCUGAUAAACCGUAUUGACCUCGUCUGCCAGGCUGUACUCUCAGGGAAGUGGCCUUCUAGCCGUAGGAGCCAGGAAAUGAUAACAGGAGGAAUUUUGGGGCCAGGCAACCACUUGCUAGACAGUCCCUCAUUGACUCCUGGAGAAUAUGGUGACUCUCCAGUCCCCACACCACGAAGUAGUAGUGCAGCUUCCAUGGCAGAGGAGGAAGCAUCUGCAGUCACCACAGCAGCAGCCCAGUUCACCAAACUUCGCCGAGGCAUGGAUGAAAAGGAGUUUACAGUUCAAAUCAAAGAUGAAGAAGGAUUGAAGUUAACAUUCCAGAAGCACAAGUUGAUGGCUAAUGGGGUAAUGGGAGAUGGACAUCCACUGUUUCAUAAGAAGAAGGGGAACAGAAAGAAGCUAGUAGAGCUGGAGGUGGAGUGCAUGGAAGAGCCUAAUCACCUUGAUGUGGACCUGGAGACCCGGAUCCCUGUCAUCAAUAAGGUGGAUGGUACUUUGCUGGUGGGUGAGGAUGCCCCUCGCCGGGCUGAACUGGAGAUGUGGUUACAGGGUCAUCCAGAGUUUGCUGUCGAUCCCCGAUUUUUAGCGUAUAUGGAAGAUCGCAGAAAACAGAAGUGGCAAAGAUGUAAAAAAAAUAAUAAGGCAGAAUUGAACUGUUUGGGAAUAGAACCAGUACAAACAGCUAACUCUAGGAAUGGGAAAAAGGGUCAUCACACUGAGACGGUGUUCAACCGGGUUUUGCCUGGGCCUAUUGCACCAGAGAGCAGCAAGAAGCGGGCCCGUAGAAUGCGACCAGACCUUUCUAAGAUGAUGGCCCUCAUGCAGGGUGGAAGCACUGGGUCUCUAUCUCUGCACAACACGUUCCAACACAGCAGUAGUGGCCUACAGUCUGUGUCAUCUUUGGGUCACAGCAGUGCCACUUCUGCAUCUUUGCCUUUUAUGCCAUUUGUGAUGGGUGGUGCAGCAUCAUCCCCUCAUGUAGACUCCAGCACCAUGCUUCAUCACCACCACCACCACCCCCACCCUCACCAUCACCACCAUCACCAUCCAGGCCUGAGAGCCCCUGGCUACCCCUCUUCACCAGCGACUACCGCCUCUGGUACUACCUUGCGGUUGCCAUCACUGCAACCUGAGGAGGAUGACGAUGAGGAUGAAGAAGAUGAUGAUGAUUUAUCUCAGGGCUAUGAUAGCUCAGAAAGGGACUUCUCACUCAUUGAUGAUCCUAUGAUGCCAGCCAACUCAGACUCCAGUGAAGAUGCUGAUGACUGAAGCCCCAGCAUGGACCCCACUGCUUGGGCCGCUGCUGUAUUUUCAUUUACUCUGGCCCUUGGACUAUGGAAACGUGGGAGGGGCAGGGGAGAUGUGGGGAAGUCCAGGACUCCAGGAGGUGAAAAGGAAAAAAAAAUGUACCUGAUUGCUCCCACUUAUGAGAGGAUUGGGUGGGCAGGGGAACUCCUAAAAUAAUACAUGACCACUUCCUCAUUUCUGGGGAAGGAAAGGAGACCAGAGCAGCUGGUGCGCUCACCCCUCCCUAGUCACCUCCAUUAACCACAGACUAUGUAGCGCUGGCCCUAGCCUCUGGCAGAGCCUGUUCCUGGCCGAACUGUGGAUACAGCUGGAGGGUCAGGAACUGUUACCUUCCUUCCCCUUGGCAUUAAUAAAUUUAAGUUAAUCCUUUUCCA